UUCAAUUUACUGCGAACAGUCAUCAUGGUCGCAUCCAGCAAGCCAGGCAUCGUGCUCUUCCACCCGGACGACAUCGAGUACAACCCCCGGUACCGUCCCCGGGCCGCGUCGCUCGCCAUCGGCAAGAUCCACUCCGUCGAGACGCACACGACGCGAGCGAGCUUGCACGAGAAGCCUCGUCGUCGGCGCGGCAGCAGCAAUUUCACCGAUGACGUCGACUUUGUCGACGACUGCCCGGUGCUGCAAGAGCCAUCCAAGCUCCACGACAAGUGGAAGCUGCAGUUCACGCGCCUCUGGUUCAAGCUGCUGCGUCCCCAGUCCUAAUACUACGAUGCUCUCGCCUCGCUUCUUCAUGCUGCAUUUCCGAGUACACGGCGCUAUAAAUUAACUUAAAUACGAAUCAACGUCGCUUCCUUUUUCCAAUGAAAGGCUGGCGACCAGUA